CCCAGGCAACAACCCUGUAGAUAUGACACUCGACACAAUGACGAUAGGCUUGCCAGUAAGAGAAGGUGUGAGCAGCGCGAAGCUCACCCUCAUCGUAGCGUGUUUUCUGCUACCGUUUCUUGUCGAGGCUGAAUCGCGGGCACCGGCGCCACUCUCCUUCAGCUUCGACUUCUCCAAUUCAGCCAGCUACCGCCUGGAGGACCUCCUGUUCGAGGGCAACGCAAGCGAGCCCAGCAACAAGCUGGUGGACCUCACCUGCAACGAGUUCGCGGAGACGAUCCACAAGUGCAAGGGGCGGAUGUCGUACGCCCACGCCGUGAAGUUCUACGACGCCACCACGGGCGAGGUGGCCAGCUUCAGCACGCGAUUCACCUUCGCUAUCGCCAUCAGAAGCGACAUCAGCAACCCGACGGACACAAAGGGGGACGGGCUGGCCUUCUUCCUCGCUGCUUACCCAUCAACGAUUCCAUCGAAUUCAGAUGGAGGCAACCUUGGCCUCCUUGCCACCAAUCAUUCGAAGGCCUACGGCACAGACCGGUUCAUCGCCGUCGAGUUCGACACAUACAACAACAUCUGGGACCCCAAUAAGACCUACGACCACAUGGGCGUCGACAUCAGCGCCAUCGAGUCGGCUAACACGACAAGUUUGCCGAGCUACAGCCUGAAUGGCACGAUGACAGCCUCCAUCAGUUUUAACAGCAGCACCCGGAUGCUGCUUGCCAACCUGCAUUUUGAUGAUCAUCCAUCGUUUCAACCGGCCGAGGUCAGUGCGAUUUUGCCGGAUCCGGUCACAUUGCUUCCACAAGAGGUAUCCGUUGGGUUUUCCGCAGCCACCGGCGGCUCUGGCAGUGAGCUCCAUCAGAUACUUUCAUGGUCCUUCAACUCCACUCUUGGUUUGGCCCUCUACUGCUAAUCCACGCAGAGUCCUGGUAGGACGUCACUCAUCGGCUCCAUGGGUCAUAUAUCGGCCCAUCAAACGGCUACCGGCUACGCACUCUGCUUACUGACAUGAAUGCCAGUCACAGGUCACAGCCACGUCAGCCUUUUCCCCUUCGUGGGAGACAAGAUGAGAAAAGUUGUUCAGCAAUUAAUUUCAACAAAAGUCAAGACCUCAACCUUAGGGUAGUCCCUCCCUUCGUAAAAAAAAUCAACCUAGUAGAGAAUGUGAUCUAGAAGAGAAAAAUGUAUGUAUGUUCAAAUUUAUUAUACUGGAAGAGAUGAAGUAGGUCGAUCCUAACUCAUAAAUUAUUGUAUAAAUAUGGAGUUUGUAUAAAACUCAGUGGAUGGUUUAUUCAAAAUAAUUUUUUAUCUAA